AUGGAGGCGCCGACCACGGCGCACCUCGCCGCCGUCAAACACCUGCUGCGCUACAUUGCAGGCACGCGCAAGUAUGGCUGCAGGUAUGUCAAGAGAGGCGAUGGCAAGCUCAUUGGGUACAGUGACUCGGACUUGGCCGGCGACGUCGACGACCACAAGAGCACAUCGGGCAACCUCUUCUUCCUGGGAGGGGCACCGAUCACCUGGCAAUCACAAAAACAGAAGAUCGUCGCCUUGUCUUCGUGUGAGGCGGAGUAUGUGGCAGCAACAACGGCGGCGUGUCAGGCGAUCUGGUUGAGCAGGCUCAUGAGGGACUUGCUGAAAGAGGAGGCCGGCGCCACCACUAUCUUCAUCGACAACAAGUCCGCAAUCCAGUUGUGCAAGAACCCGGUGUGCCAUGAUCGCAGCAAGCACAUCGACGUCCGAUUCCAUUUCAUCCGCAAGUGUGUGGAAGAAGGCAAGAUCAGGGUGAAGCACAUCGCCACGGGUGAUCAACUCGCAGAUAUUUUCACAAAGUCACUAGGGCGCACGCGGUUUCAGCAGCUUCGUGCACGCAUUGGUAUGGUCGAGGUUUAG